AUGAUAACAUUAGCAAUCAUCUUCAUUAAAUUGAUGCAAAAAAUGAGCUGCCAGAAGAUUUUACUUAAUGUGACAAGUCUUCCAUAAGAAAGCUCAUAUAAGUUUGAUAAUUUUAUACCGGAGGGAUUUUUAUUAAAAAAUGAAGAAGCUAUUCUACUCAGUUUAGAAUCUUUUGAUAAUGUUGAUAAAUCUACUGUUAUGGAAUUGUGUACAGAAAAAUCAAAGACAUAGUUUAAUUUUUUUUUAUUUUUAGCUGUGUAAUAGAUCACAAUGCUAUUGAUUUUAAAUUGAAUAUCCAAAACGUUAGAAUUAUAUCUUAUAGAAACAUUUCAAAUGUUUAUAAGUUCUAAUAUAAUGCUAUUCCAUUUAGUUAUGAUGCCCAUUUAGAAAUAUACUCUAAAAACUCUUUUAAUCUAAUUGUUUAAAUGACUGAAUAUUAACAGUGCCCCUAGUAAUACUUAUUAAUAAAUAAAGUGAUUGUAAAAAUGGAGGAAGAUGUAAUCAAGGAAUAUGUGUUUGCUCUAAAGAUUAUUUAUCUCAUGAUUGUUCUGUGAAAGCUUAUUCAAUUUUAGAUACUUAAAGCCUAAUGAAUUCGGAAUUCUAUUUUUUUGAUACAUAUCAAUGGAUGGAAUAAAAAAAUAAAAAAAUCCUUUAAUACUAUGCAGUAUUAUAAUUGGAAUCAACAAUUAUAAUGGAAUGUUAUGCGAAGAAUCCUUAUUUAUUAUAAAAUAAAACAGAGAUGAGAUUGCACAUGAUACACAUAACUGUUGAAGAUAUGAAUAAUUGUUUAAAUUAUUCUAAUGAACUAGGAUAAAAUUAAUAAUAACAAUUAGCAUAUAUAUUAAUUAAAUUAAAAUAACCUUAAUUUGUAAACCUUUAAAGUUCUGAAAACGAAAUAGAUCCAUUUGUUAUUGGCAUAGUAGUAGGAAGUAUUUGCCUAUUUAUUUUAAUAAUUGCUAUUUAUUGUAUUUAUAGAUGUAGGAGAGAUAAUGAAAUGUAAAAGUAAAAACUAGAAAAAAUGUAAAAAAUGGAAAAAGAAAAAUAAUUAAAAGAAGAAAAAGAAAAUUAAAUGAUGCCAGAAUUUUUAUAUUCUGAAAUUCUGGAAAAAUUUCCUGGAUUAAAAAAUGAUUAAGAAUGUGAAAUUUGUUUAAAUAUUUUUAAAACUUAAGAACGAGUCAGAAUAACUUAUUGUACUCAUAUUUUUCAUAAUAAUUGCAUAAAAUAAUGGUUAAAUAAACAUAAAGUAAAUAUAUUAAUUGUAUUUAGACAUGUCCUAUGUGCAGAUAAAAUCUGGAUUUUAAUUAAUUAACAUUAGAUCAUGAUUAAAUAUCAAAAUAAUAAAAAGGUGAGUAAGUUUCCAUAAAUUAGUAACCAUAAAUGAUAUAAUUUAUGGCUAAUCCAGAGAUGAACACAAGAUUAUAUGGGGAUGAACAUUUAAUUUCAUCUUAUUUACAUCCUUAAUAAUAAAUUGAGAUUCCUUUACAUCUGCAAGAGAAUUAGAAACAAUAUAACCAAAUUUCUUAAUGA